AUGGGGCGAAAAUGGACCUGGGGUCUUGCUGCACCUUCGGCAAAGGGGCUAGGUCAUGGUUUCGGGCUUAGCCUUAGUUGGGCUUCGCCAAUAGUUGGGAAAGGAUAUGGGGCUGAGCCCAAGAUGGGCUUGGGCAAUGAGGCCAAGUGGAAGGGUUUGGGCUCUACACUUGGCAAUGAGGCUGGGCCAAUGGUGUACUUGAUGGAGCUAGGCCCCAUGGGGUUGAGGCUGCAAGGGGGCUUGGAGUCAGGCCUUCAAUCCUUCGGUAGAGAGUUACCCUUGGAGCUGGGCAUCCAGUGCUUCGGCAAGGGGUUUGAGGAGUGUUAG